AUGACGGCCAUUGGCACCGGUUACGAUCUUUCGGCGAGCACAUACUCUCCUGAUGGACGCCUGUUUCAAAUCGAGUAUGCAAGCAAAGCUGUCGAGAACUCUGGUACUGCCAUUGGACUCAAAGUCAAAGACGGAAUUGUUCUUGCCGUAGAAAAACUGGUUCACUCUAAACUUCUUAUCCCAGAGGCCAAUCGCCGGAUAGCUACGAUUGACAGGCACAUAGGCAUGGCUACAUCAGGCUUGUUGGCAGACGGCCGCGCACUAGCAAACCGUGCACGAGACGAAGCUCAAAACUACCGGGAUACAUACAUGGCUCCAGUCCCGUUGAAAGCGCUCGCAGAUCGCAUAGGACUUUAUGUUCAAGCAUACACUCUCUACUCUUCCGUCCGACCUUUUGGUAUCAGUACAAUUAUUGGAUCAAUUGAUAAAGAUGGUCCCUCGCUUUAUGUGAUUCAACCUAGUGGGGUGUUCUAUGGCUACAAUGGCGCAGCAGUUGGGAAAGGCAGACAACUUGCAAACACCGAGCUUGAGAAGCUGAAUUUAUCCCAACUUACGACUAGGGAAGCUGUAUUGGAAGCUGCACGCAUUAUCCAUCUAGUACACGAUGAUUCAAAGGACAAAGAGUUUGAGUUAGAGCUCUCCUGGAUUGGACCCGAGACUGGUGGAAAGCAUGCACCCGUCCCGCGAGAACUGUGGGCUGAAGCAGAUCGCAAGGCUCGUGAAGCCCUUGACGCGGACAUGGAAGAUUAA